CCAGGAGGAGGGUGGAUCUCCAGAGAGCGGAGCGCCCGGAGUCCUCCUCCUCCUCCUCCUCCGCCUCCUGCCGCCCAGGUUCCGCCGCCGCCCCUCCGACUCCUCCUUCUGCCGCUCGGGGCGCGGAGCCUCAGACAGGGGCCGAGCACUCUCCUGCCGGAGCCUGCUCAGCCGCGGCUUCGGAGCCCACGGGGCGGCGGACAGGCUUUGCAGUGCAGAUUGUUCUUAACCCUUUGGCAAGAACAAAAUGGCCACAAAUAAGCCCAAGGGUCAGAAUUCCUUGGCUUUACACAAAGUCAUCAUGGUGGGCAGUGGAGGUGUGGGCAAGUCUGCUUUGACUCUACAGUUCAUGUAUGAUGAGUUUGUGGAAGACUAUGAACCUACCAAAGCAGACAGCUACCGAAAGAAAGUAGUGCUGGAUGGGGAAGAAGUGCAGAUCGAUAUUUUGGAUACAGCUGGGCAGGAGGACUAUGCUGCAAUUAGAGACAACUACUUCCGGAGUGGAGAGGGUUUUCUCUGUGUCUUCUCCAUUACAGAAAUGGAAUCCUUUGCAGCCACAGCUGACUUCAGGGAGCAGAUUUUAAGAGUAAAAGAAGAUGAAAAUGUUCCAUUCCUGCUUGUUGGUAACAAAUCAGAUUUAGAAGAUAAAAGGCAGGUGUCUGUAGAAGAGGCAAAAACCAGAGCUGAUCAGUGGAAUGUGAACUAUGUGGAAACAUCUGCUAAAACGCGAGCUAAUGUUGAUAAGGUAUUUUUUGAUUUAAUGAGGGAAAUCCGAGCCAGAAAAAUGGAAGACAGCAAAGAAAAGAAUGGGAAAAAAAAGAGGAAAAGUUUAGCCAAGAGAAUCAGAGAAAGAUGCUGCAUUUUAUAAUCAAAGCCCAAACUCCUUUCUUAUCUUGACCAUACUAAUAAAUAUAAUUUAUAAGCAUUGCCAUGGAAGGCUCAAUUGACUGAAAUUACUUUAACAUUUUGGAAAAUGUUAUGUAUCACUAAAAGCAUGAAUUGGAACUUCACUGAAAGUCAAAUUCACUUAAAAAGAAAUUUUUGUGGCUUCACCAAGAAGCAGCAUUCAACUUACUUCAUAAUUGCCUACAUUUAUCACGGUCCUGAAUGUAGCGUGUGAGCUUGUGUUUUGCAGGCAGUCUCUUUUGAACUGUUACAAAGGUGACAUGGUGGGGGUGGGGAGUGGGAGGAAAGGCUACUUCCUCUGGUUUAUUAUAAAACUUCAAUUUUAUAUCAUUUAAAAAUGUCUUGGUCUUCUACUGCCUUGAAAAAACGACAGUUGUGAACAUGAUAGUUAAACUGUACCACUUUUUUAACCAUUGUUAUGCAAACUAGAAGAAAAAGUUACUGGCAUGAUUGUUGCAUAUAGUGAAAGUGAGAGUAAUUCAUCUGUAACCUGCAUUAAUUACCUGGUGAUUAACUUUUAAAAUAUGGUGUAAACUUGUACAUGGAAAUUUUUGAAUAUGCCUUAAUUUAGAAACCGAAAAAUACCUGGUUACAUCUUUCUGGGUAUGUCCUCACUGGCCAUGGGCCCAUUAUCCCAUGUGUCUUGGUGAGAGAACGAAUGCCUGGUAUGGAUACAACUUUUGUGUAGAAGAUUCCUGAGAAAUAACUGAUAGCAAUCUGUCCAAAUUUAAAAUGUGUGCCAUACUCUGGUUCUUGAGUUCCAGAGCUCCUUGAUUGCUUUUGAUUAACCAUAAGGUAGUUUAAAAUGAUGGGCCAGCAUAAACUUGUAAGAAAAUUUUAGACUGAGGAUUCAGCACCAGUUAUGUUUCAGUGAACCCUCAUUUUCUUUAAGAUGCUGGUCCCUGGAACUUCCUUUCUGCAAGUGGUAGGCAUCUGUUUUUAGUCUCCUUAGAGUGCAGUACAGGAAACAUGUCGAUGUGCUAAUGCAUUAGCAUACUUGCAGGAAAAUAUUCAUGCUUGCCACCUAUUGAUUUCUAAAUUUAUACUCAUAAGGUUACAGUUUGGCUAUAUGGAGUUCUUAGGAAUAUUUGUAGGAAUAUUUGUGUUCAGAAUGAAAAACACUGUAGCUCCAUUUUCUUCAAAUUCACAUCAAGCAGUCAAGCCCAAGUAUAGAAAAGAAAACAGUUUUAGCUAACACAGGCCAAACCUGUUGUUAGCAUUGUUGGUGUACCCACUGGGAGGAUUCUGCCGUGCUGGUGAUUUUAAUGGGAAGUGUACCAUUGUCAGAUUUUUCUUUCUUCUGUCAAAUGGGGUUACUUCCUAGUAGGACAGUUUAUUCAACAAAGUUUUUCUUUUUGCUUAGUCCUAAUUUCAACAAGUCAAAGAUGUGUUCAGGCAUUCCAGGUAAUGGGUAUGUAUGUAACGUUAAUAAAAAUAGGCUUUUUAGGAAUUCAACUGUUUAGAUAUUUCAUCCAGCUUGUCAUGUUAAAUAUUUGUUCUUAAAGGGUUUGAGAUGUACAUCUUUCAUAUUUUUCAUAGGCUAUGCCAUGUGCAGAAUUACGGUUACCAAUGUAACACUGGCCCCGUGGGCCCAGCGGUCUCCAUGUGUUCGCAUUGCAGUCUGAUUUAACCAGGGGUCCUAACCACUAACAUUGUGACUUUGCUUUGAGACCUUUCCUCUCCUGGGUACUGAGGUGCUAUGAAGCCAACUGACAAAGAUGCAUCACAUGUCUUAGGCUGAUGCCACUACCCAAUUGGUUUAUUUGCAAUUUGAGCCAUUUAAAGACCAAUAAACUUCCUUUUUUAAAAAUGUUUGUGGUGUUAC